AUGGGCAUGAGCGGUGCGGCAGGUCUUGCGGUGGGAGCUGCAUUGAAGCGUGUCUCAAGGACAAUAGCAGCCGCAGCAGGGGUUGUCAUCAUUGCCGUCCAGGUUCUUGUUUGGCAAGACUUCAUUGUUGUCAAAUGGGACAAUGUGGAGUCGAAGUUGAAGCCCUACCUUGAUGUCGAUGGAGAUGGGAUAAUCACAGAAAAGGAUGCUCAGCAUGUCCUUGAAGGGGGAAUGGGUGUACUGUCCCAGGUGCGAUGCUGGCCAGCAAGGUGCACCAUGCUCACUCAUGUUUCAUUGUUGUCCACUCCAAAACGACCGAAUAAAUAG